CUUCACAAAGCAAGCAGCGUAUUGCGCUUAGCGAUAAAUUAUCUUCAUGGCUUGAUUAUUACUUUCCAGUUUGAACCUUGUCCACAUUUUAUUCACGUGUCCUUAACUUAUUCCGAGCGCGAGUAUCUUUUUAAAGUCAUGAGAGUAGUCGUUGAAGGUUGUUGUCACGGUGAACUUGAUAAAAUUUAUCAUACAAUAGAGGAAAUUGAACAAGUUAUUCAUGAUAAAAUCGAUUUAUUACUUAUAUGCGGUGACUUUCAGGCCGUGAGAAAUCAGAGUGAUUUAGCGUCCUUGGCUUGCCCAUUAAAGUAUCGCAAAAUGCAAAGUUUUUAUAAAUACUAUAAUGGGACUAUAGAAGCUCCACUCUUAACCAUCUUUAUCGGCGGAAAUCACGAAGCUUCAAACCAUUUGCAAGAGUUAUAUUUCGGUGGUUGGGUAGCGCACAAUAUAUAUUAUUUGGGAUCAGCUGGUGUUAUAAAUGUUAACGGGCUCAGGAUUGCUGGCCUUUCGGGUAUAUACAAUUCGAAGCAUUACCACUUGGGGCAUUACGAAAUACCGCCUUAUGAUUCUGAUGAGCUGAGAAGUGUUUAUCACGUUCGUGCUUUCGAAGUUUGGAAGCUAAAACAACUUUCAGGUCGCAUUGAUAUUGUUCUUACACAUGAUUGGCCGCGAGGUAUUCAUUAUCACGGAGAUGCUAAAAAGCUGCUCAGGAAAAAAUCUUUUCUAACUCAGGAACUUCUUUCCAACACACUCGGAAGUCCGCCCAACGAAGAGCUGUUAAACUGCUUGCAGCCUGCUUACUGGUUUUCAUCUCAUAUGCACGUUAAAUUUCCAGCUAUUGUUAAACAUCAGCAUCCAAAAGAUGAAAGUAUUUUAGAAACCAAAUUUCUUUCACUGGAUAAGUGCCUCCCUCAGCGUGACUUUUUGCAAGUAAUUGAUUUUCCUCAACAACCGAAAGGCCUUCAAAAGUUUGCUUACGAUCAAGAAUGGCUUGCCAUUACCAAACUUUCGCACCGCUAUUUUUCCACUGCUCGGAGUUUAGUGCCGUUACCAGAAAAGCUCGACCGAGAAGAAAUAGAAAAAAUACGAGAUUUGUAUAAGGAAAGUAAAGACCUUCAAAUUCCUCACAAUUUUGUUAUAACGGAGGGCAAGUACGAUCCACUACAUCCAGACUCUCCCAUUCAGAAACCUUUAAAGGAAAAUCCCCAAACGACUGCUUUACUAGAAUUAUUACAGAUUUCAGGGCCAAUUUAUAAUUAUCAUAAAGAACGAGAAACUUCGAAGGAUUUGCCUAAAGAAAAAUAUGCUAAUCCCGACGAGAUUCAACUUGAGAGUGACUGAUUCUUUAACUUUGCCUGUUGACAACGUUGCGAGUCCCGCUGUAGAAUCGCUCGCGUU